AGUUAAUAAGCUGGCAUCUUCCCAAAGGAAUAGUCUGGCUAUCCAGCAUCAUUGCUUGAAGGGCCAAAACAUAGCACAAGACAAGGAGCAGAAUAUGAAUAUGCCCAAAAAUAAUGAGAGACCAAGUUUCUCCAGUUUGAAUGAAGUUGCUACCAUUAAAUUUAAUACUGGGUUUCCACUUUACCUCCAGCAAUUUUGUUCUAUGUUUAUAAAAAGGGCACUAUUCAGCUGGCGCCACUGGAAGUUGAUGUUGCUACAGAUAAUAGUAAUUGUAGUUGUCACUACCUAUCUCUUAAUAGCUCAGAAUUUCGAUGGUGAUGUGCCCGUAAGGGAAAUGGAUUUGCGUCACUAUGGUCGAACCAUUGUGCCUUACUCAAUUUCAGGGAAUUCUGAUUUGGUUUUGAAUCUCAUAAAGAACCUUGAGGUUUUCCUAAAGCCUAGGAAUCAAGAACUACGGGAAGUGAAAGGUAAUGUAAUUAAUUACAUACUUGAAAGUAAAGAGUGUCGUGAGUUCUGCAUUAUUGCACUUUCCAUUGAGGUCAAGAAAAACAAAACAGUGUUUACUAUUUUGUUCAAUAAUGAGGUGUACCACUCAGCUGCAACAUCACUGGCGGUGUUAGACAACAUUCUUUUUAUGUCACUCUCUGGCCCCACUGCUUCCAUUACAGCCUCCAACAAGCCUCUGCCUCGCUUCGUGUAUGGUUCCAGUCCAGUGCCUAUAAAUGGACUGCAAAUAGUACAAUGUUUGGCUUUUGGCAUUUCUGUUGUAGUCGGUAGCUUUUGUCUCCUGACAGUGACUGAAAGAAUCAGCAAAGCGAAGCACAUCCAGUUUCUGAGUGGAGUCUAUGUGCUUACAUACUGGCUCUCUGCUUUGUUAUGGGACCUCAUCUGCUUCUUUGUUCCCUGCUGCUUACUACUGGUGAUAUUCAAAUACUGUGAAGUGGAUGCAUUUGUUGUGGGUUACAACUUUCUGGACACAGUGCUGAUCUUUAUGCUGUAUGGCUGGAGUGUUGUUCCUCUCAUGUAUCUUGGAAGCUUCCUGUUCUCUAGUAGUACUGCUGCCUACAUCAAGCUCACUCUCUUCAACUACUUUUCAACUAUUUUCAGUAUCAUGAUUUACACCAUAAUGCACUAUUAUGAAGAUGAGCUUUCUUAUGUCAUCAAGAACUUAACAAGUAAUACAUUAAUGAUGCUUCCUAGUUACAACUUUGCAAUGAGUAUCAGCAAAUAUUUUGAUGACUAUGAAGUGAAAAAACUAUGUGCCAAGCACUUUCCAAGCAUCUACCUGAAUUGCAGUAAACCUAUUAUUCAGAACAGUAUCUAUAGUUUUGGAGAACGUGGAAUUGGAAAGUUUUUGAUUGCACUGGCUGCCAUGGGUUUAAUUUUUCUCCUCUUGCUUUUGUCUAUGGAGACUGCAGUUUGGAGUCUGGAAAACUUUGUCUUUCAUAACAUUAUUUCUAAUUUUUACAAGAUAUUCAUAAGAAGAAAACCGCGUGAAGCCCUGAGUUCAAACCCCAGAAUCACAGAACAUGAGGAUGAAGAUAUAAAAGGAGAAAGAAACAAAGUCCUGGCAUUGCAUCACAAGUUAGAGAAUACCCCUGUGCUUCUUAAUGAAGUUACAAAGAUUUAUUAUAAGUGUCCAGUUGUACAUGCUGUAAGAAAUAUCUCCCUCGUAGUCCAAAAGUCAGAGUGCUUCGGAUUGCUUGGAUUAAAUGGAGCUGGAAAAACCACUACAUUCAAAAUGGUAACUGGAGAGGAGACCAUCACUUCUGGAGUUGCAUUAAUUGAUGGCAAUAGCAUCACUGAAAAUAUCAGAAAGGUUAGAUCAAGAAUUGGCUAUUGUCCUCAGUCAGACUCAGUGCUGAACCACAUGACAGGUCGGGAAUUGCUGAUCAUGUAUGCCAGACUGUGGGGGGUCCCAGAGCCAAAUAUUUACAAGUACGUGGAAGUCUUUUUGUGUUCAAUGCAACUGGAACCCCAUGCUGACAAGUGUAUUCACACAUACAGUGGAGGAAGCAAACGCAGGCUGAGUACUGCAAUUGCCCUAAUGGGAAAAUCCUCAGUGGUCUUCCUGGAUGAGCCAUCUACUGGCAUGGACCCUGUAGCCCGGCGCUUGCUCUGGGACACAGUGACAAAGACACGUGAAAGUGGAAAAGCCAUCAUCAUAACCUCUCACAGCAUGGAAGAAUGUGAGGCCCUCUGUACAAGGCUGGCCAUCAUGGUAAAAGGGAGGUUCACAUGCCUGGGCAGCCCUCAGCAUGUCAGGAACAAGUUUGGUCAUAUACAUAUUCUGACAGCAAAGAUUAAUAUGGCUAAAGAUGAAGAUAAAGUAGCAAAGUUCAAAAACUUCAUUGAAGCAACUUUCCCAGGUAACAUCAAAAACCAGGAGUUUCGAGGGAUUAUUGGCUACCACAUUCCAAGCAAGGAAAUUUGCUUGGGAAAGGUGUUUAGCAUUUUGGAGAAAGCUAAAGUGCUAUUCAAUUUAGAAGACUAUUCAGUCAGACAGAUAACACUGGAACAAAUCUUCCUGACCUUUGCUAAUACUGAUAAAGUGAAAAACUCUGUAAAGUAA